UGUGGUGGAUGUUAUUAGCGAGAGGCUGCUAGCUGCCGUUUGCUACGAUCGAUCUUUCUGGAGAAGCGUCUAUCGUCUGAGCUGCAAGGAUUCAGUCACGAUGAUCGAAGUGGUUUGCAAUGACCGCUUGGGAAAGAAGGUCCGGGUAAAGUGCAACUCUGAGGACACAAUUGGAGACCUUAAAAAGCUGAUCGCGGCGCAGACCGGCACCAGGUGGGACAAGAUUGUACUGAAGAAGUGGUACACAAUAUUCAAGGACCACGUGUCUCUGGGAGAUUAUGAGAUACACGACGGCAUGAAUCUGGAGCUGUACUAUCAGUAGGAGAGGGAUCUGUCCAUCCUGGCGGCAUGGCGGACAGACGGAGCUCAUCACACACCACCCGCACCAAGCAGCCAAUAUCUGUUCCACUGAAUUUGCUUUUGGUAUCACCUGGAAAUAAACUUUAUGUAAGAGUACGGGCAAGCACAUUGCUGAGUUUGUCUACUUUGUUUUCAUCUGAGCCAUUUUCCUGCUGUUUGGGUAGCUGGAUACAGCCUUUUAUAUAGCCAUUUUUUUUUUUUUUAAUCUGACAUUGCAAAAUCACAGGCCAUUGAUAUUCUCAAGGUGAAAAACGGCGCACCCCCCCCCCCCCCCAACUAAACA